AUGGACGAAACGUAUGAGUCGUUUCUACGGCUGUUGGACGACUCGCAGUUGCUCGGCCAUAUCCAUGGUUUGAGCCAGGGCAGUGAUCAUCGAACCUGGUCCUUUCACGAGACUUCCACUCCUGCCCCGGCAAAGAAACAGAUAUCGCUACGAUCUACAGAAUCUGAUCCUUUUGACGAUGAUCUAGAUAAUGUCUUGUUGACGCUUAAGCGUGAAGAACUGGGUGUGGCUCCUGGAGAGGGCACCGAUGAGGAUGACGAUAACGAGGAUGAGAACGAAUGGGUGCCUGGGAAUCAGCUCAUGGCUAGGGAAGAUGAUGUUCCGGAUGUUGUUGAUGUGGAAGCUAAUAACGAAGUUCAAGACGACCCUGACGCCCAGGAGGCCGAGGAGUCCAUGUUUGCAGAUGUCGGUCCUCUCCACGAGUUUGGCGAUUUCGGCACCUACUUCCACAAUAAGCAUCUUAAACAGCAGAAGGCUGACGAGGCUUAUAUAGAAUGGGAGAAGAAACGAAGGGUCGCCGCAGGUGAACUGUUAGAAGGUGAGAACAUAUUUGCUGGCUGCGUGGUCUUCGUCAACGGCAAUACUGUGCCCUCGUUAGGCGUGAUCCACAAAUUGGUGAUUCUCCAUGGCGGCGUGUUCCUUAACUAUCUUUCCAGUAAAGGCGCUGCCACCCAUAUCGUGUGUGACAGGCUCACACCGAGAAAGCGUGUUCAGUUUCGUAACUACAAGGUGGUGAAAGCGCAAUGGGUGGCCGACUGUGUUAAGGAGAAGAAGCUACUUGAUUGGCGUGACUACAGACUUAUCGACGACGUCGACUAUGACCAAAAGCGUCUUGGGUUUGCUGUGGCUGAAAAAGACGAAGACUCCCCACUGGAUGGGGCAGUUACUGGUGACGAGGAGCAAGAAGAUGUUUUGUUUGAUGAGCCUCAUCAACAUUCUCCCGAAAUCACUGAAAGUUUGCCUGUAGAGCAACAUGUUGAUCUCAAUUUGGCGCAAGAGCGGUCACACACAACGGCCAUGGAUGCUAAGAACCCAGAUUUCCUUAAACACUUUUUUGCUAACUCAAGGUUACAUCACCUUAGUUCUUGGAAAGCUGAUCUCCGGGCCAGGUUCUUGAGAAUGGUAGCCAAGGACAUUCUACGAGAUGAUCCCCUGGCUGCAAUGCAAAAAAAACCAAAGGUAAGUGAGCCGCCGGAAGACACUAUAAUUCUCCAUAUUGAUUUUGACUGCUUCUUUGCACAGGCAUCGGCGUUAAGUCAUCCAGAGCUCGACUUAUACAAAGACCCCAUUGCUGUUUCUCACGGUGGUAAAUCAUCAGACGUUGCGAGCUGCAAUUAUGUUGCACGUAAACUAGGAGUGUCUAACGGGAUGUGGCUAGGAAGAGCCGAAGAGCGCUGUCCUAAUUUGAAAGUCAUUGAUUACGAUUUUAACACUUAUGAGAAUCACUCAAACAGCUUUUACAAUUAUUUACUUUCCAAAAAGACCUUCGAUUCCAUAUUUCCUGUCCUGAUUGAUGAGGUAUUGGUUGAGGCAACUUCACAUUGCAGGGGUCAUGAUGUGAGUUUCAUAGAAGCAUUCUGUGAAGAGAUCCGAGCGGAUAUUUUUAACCUUACCAAGUGUACUGCUUCCAUUGGUGCUUCCAAGAAUGUACUUCUAGCGAAGCUUGCUAUAAAGAAAGCUAAGCCUGACGGUUUCUUCCAUUUGAACGAAAAUAUUGAGCAAUAUCUUGAAGCCUGUAAAGUCACUGACCUUCCAAAUGUUGGAUGGAGCAUUAGUGAAAAAUUGGCAAACGAGCUUCGAUUGGAUGUGAACCCGAAAGAGCUCUUGAUCAAGAACGUUAAGGAAAUUUCCCAACAACGCCUUAUUGUAACUUUGGGCGAGAAAAUCGGAACAAGAGUUUAUGAGAUGUGCCGAGGUAUCGAUCACACUUCUAUUACCCUUGAUUUGAGCAGCAGUGAAGCAUUGCUCGGGAGAAAGACGGUCUCGGUAGAUGUCAAUUUUGGUAUCCGAUUUGAUACAUUCGAUCAAGCUGAAUUCUUCUUAAUGCAAUUGGCGAAAGAGCUUCAUAGCAGAUUAAUAGCCUUAGGUGUCUGUGGCUCGGUGUUGACACUCAGACUCGCCCGCCGAGCUCCACAUGCACCAAAGAAUCCACCAAAGUUUUUAGGUAUGGGCGUGUGUGAUCUUUUCAGCAGAUCUUCUCGAAUGGGCGUACCGACUAAUGAUUGGGGUAUACUUGGGUCUGAAAUGAAAGCGCUUUUCAGAAUAAUGAACAUCCCAGUGGAAGAACUUCGUGGAAUUGCUAUCAGUGUCGGUAAGUUAGAGGAUAUCGAGGCGGUCAAGAAGCAGCGACAGCAGCGGCUCGAAUUUAAUAAACCAAAACCAAAAAAGACGAGCAAACCGCCUUUACAGAAUUCCCAACUAAACGAGUUUGCUGAUACAAUCACUAAUAGCGACUCGAUCGACUGGAGCGUCUUCAAUAUGCUUCCCGAUGAAAUCAAGCGGGAAUUAAAGAAAGAACUAUUACGCAGAGGGAUACCAGUAUCUGGAAAGGAGGUAAGUCCCAUCAAGAAAAGCUCCACGGAAAGCCCUUCAGGUAAGGUCUAUUUGCAACAAGUCUUUCCGACACAAGCGAAUGGUCCAUUUAAAGUGACUAGAGUCAUAGAGUCUCCCAAAAAGAAGCGAAAACUCGGCAUUUCACCAAAGAAAUCUGUUUCCCCUGUUAAGGCACCCCCAUCCCCUACUCCCUACAAUGAAACUAUUUCAUACGAUGAGGAAGUCUUAGGUGAAAUACCGACUCUAAUAAGAGAAGAGUUCUUCAAGGACUUAGCGUGGCAAAGGAAAAAUAAGAAACUCAAUCCAAUCUCGAUGCGAGCGAAAUUAGAACAAAAGAAAGAAACUUUAAAAGCAAUAGGAGAUAGCGAGAUAACCAAAGAAUGGAUAAGGGCACAACCAAAAGCCAUUACUAUAGAAGGUCUAAGUGGGCAAGAUUUUGAUCAGGAUGAAAUUAUUGAUCAGGUUAAAGAAUGGGUCAAGCUGUCAUUAGAACAUCAAGGACCACAUCCAGACGAUGUCAACAUGUUUAACCAGUUCAUGAUAAGCCUUGCGGCACAGGGAAACAUCAGCUAUUGUACCAUGAUCCUAAAGAGAAUACAGGAUGAAAUUGAUGUACAAAGCACCAUCUUGGCGUUAUGCAAAGAUGAAGGGUCUCGAUAUUAUGUCAUCCAUUCGGGAUUGGAAGAUUGGCGAAAACAACUUAAAGAACAACUUAAGGAACCUUUGAUGAAGUUCCUAUCACUGAAAAACAUUGAGCUACGAAUCUAG